AUGCCACCACCGCCUCAUCACAGUCAGCAUCAACAGCAACAACAACAACGAUCACCGCCCGGCGGAUCUUCCUACAACCCCGCAUCCUCACGCAACUAUCCCGUCUCGCCAUCGGCCGGCAGUGCUGGCAGCGCCGGUCAUCCUCUCCAGCCUCUUCGACCACCCUCGCGCACCUCCUCUGCCAUGGAUGACCCGUCACGAGAUCGCUGGCGCCAACCGGGUCCCGGUCCUGCUCCCGCGGGUCGAUCCGAUGUGAUGAACAUGAACUCGCUCCUCGGUCCUCCCGGUGCGGCCGACGCGUCCGAUCCUCGACAGCAUAUGAUGUACGACCGCGAACGCGACAAUCGAGGCCGCUCCGAUCGUGAACGCGAAUGGGAAUGGGAAAGAGAACGAGAACGCGAGCAAUGGGAACGAGAACGUGAGCGCGAUCGAGUACGCAGCUCGGCCGGCGCCUAUCCUGGUGGGCCUUCCUCUCGCACUGCCCCGCCGCCGCCACCACCGCAUCCCAACGACCGCCGCUCGCCCAUCCCACCCUUCGGCCCCACCAGCCCGUCUUCGCAGUCCGGUCCACCUCGACGCAAGUGGAGCGGCUCUGAGCCGGAUGGCGCUUCUGCUGCUUACCACCGAGAACGCGAAUGGGAGCGCGAGAGAGAAUACGAGUUCGAACGCGAACGCGAGAUGCGAUGGAGAGCGUCGCAACGACCUGCAGGUGGUCCUGACAUGCCGCCUUCGCAACACGUUCGAGUGCCCAGUGGCGAUAUGAGGUACGCUGUCGGUGGUCCAGCACCUGGAAUGCCAGGAGAGCCAUCUCGCAGCCCUCGCGAACCGUAUGCUUCCUCGCUGCCGCCUCGCCGAAGCCCUAUUCCUGGAGGCCGCGCAGGUCCCGUCGGCGGUGGUCGAGGUCGCGAACCCAGCGCAGACGUUGCGCUCGCAGCCAUGGGUCCAGAGAGCUCGCCUCGCCACGCACCCUACCUCGGUGGGCCCUACGACGACCCAAGAGCCGGCUCCAUUCCCCCAGGUCACUCUAGUGGCAUGCUUCCACCUGCCGGUCGCUCACCCGAGCGCAUGCGCGCUCCUCUCUCCUACGGUCCUUACGACGGACCCAUGUCCGAACGAGAGCUCAUGCAGCGCGAACGCGAGCGCACUCGAGAACGCGACAUGAUGGGCGGCGAUCGAUACGGUCGUCGCAUGCACGAGCCUAUGGUCAUGGACGACCCCUACGACCGGUACGGUCCUCGGGGUCCACCUUCUCUCGGUCCUCCUUCCGCCAAAUCUGCCAGCGGUCGACCCUACGACGAGCGUGGACCCCCUCCACCUCUUCCUUACCCACCCACCAGCCCAACACAGAGCCGAGACGGCGAUCGACGCAAGGACAAACCCAAACCACCUCCCUCGCAGCCCUCGCGCGAGUCCUCCGUCCCUGCACCCUCCCGUCCCGGCUACGACCGUCCUCCACACUUUGACCACCCGCGCACCGGCCCACCACCCCCCAUGGGCAGUGGCAAACUCGAGCCCUCCCGCCGCGCGCCUCUGUCACCCACAGCCGAACGCGGUGCCCCCUUCCCGCACCGUCCACCGUCCAUCCCACCGUACGAGAGGGAGCGUGACCUUGCCCUUGCGCGCGAACGAGAACUCGAGGCCGAGCACGAAAGGGAGCGUCUUCGUGCAGCCCAACGCGAAGCCCGCGAACGCGAACUCGAGCUCGAGCGCGAACGAGAACGACUCCUCCUCGAAGAGCAGGCACGACAACGCGAGCUCGAGCUGGAGCGCGAGGCGCGCGAACGCGAGGAGAAGGAACGCGAACGACGCGAGCGACGACGCGAGAAGCAAGCUGAAAAGCAGGCCGCUCUGGAGCGUGAGAGGGAGUUCGCCGCCGCCACAGCGAUGCCAAGCAUGGAGGAGGCGUUGAUCGCGACCGCGCAGCAGGCGGCGGCGGUACAGGGGAGACCGCCGAUGUUGGCUGAUUUUCAUGCGGCCGCGCAGGCGAUCGGGUGGCCGCCGGGGGUGCCGUUGCCUGCGGGACUGUUUGCUGCGCAGGAGCAGCAGCCGCACGUGGUGAGGGAUCCGAACGCGGGCCCGAGGGUAGACAGCGAGCCCGUGUGGUUGUACUUGGAGCUGUGUGAGCGGGAUGAAUCGGUGAGGAGGGCAGAACGGUUGCCGCUCGACGCGGAGGAGUCGAAGGAUCCCGUCGCUGCUGGUGACGCUGAGCAGGAGGGCGAAAAGACUGCACAACCUGCUGUCGAAUCACCAGCAGAAGCGCCAUCGGCACCCACUACGGACACCCCGAUCGUCCCAACGCCCCUCGACCCGCUACCACGCCACCUGAUCGGAAUGGACAAAGGCCGUCCCGUCCGACACCUCGGCUCCUUCGCAUACGACCCCACCGUCGACCCCCUCUUCCCUGCCGAGCUCCUCGCACGCAACGUCGGCUCCACGUUGGAAGUCCGCAUCCCGGGAACACUGCUCAGUUCAGCCGGCGAAGGCCCGCGAUGGGACGCUUAUCACAAUCUCGAACGCGACUGCCUGGCGCGGUGCGAGGUGGGCGAUCCGCUCAAGGACCGAUUGGAUGGCCCACGUGGCACCCUUGCGCUCAACGGCGCAGGUAACGGAUGGAAACUCGGUUGGAGGGGCAAGGAGCACGCCAGGAUGAGUCUGGAGAUGCGUAUUGAGGAGCGGGUCGCCGAAGGACAGCUGUUCGGCUCUGCACCCGCUUCGAACCCACCAUCUGAGGAGUCGUCGGAGAAACAGCCGGAGGGGGAGAGUGGCGCAGGCUCACCAUGGCGUUUCUGGCGACUCAAUCCGUUGCUGCGGCGCAAGCUGUGGGGCACAGACGUGUACACGGACGACUCGGACGUGUUGGCCAUGUGCGUCCAUGCGGGCUGGGUGGAAGGGCCAAGUCUCGAGUCGGAAGGCAUUCCGGCAUGGGUGCCGCCCGGACGCGCGGCCAGGGCGUGGACCGGUCUCACCCCUCCCACGCCCACAGCGAAGCAGGAGCCAGGAAAGGCGGGCAGGCCGUGCGAUCUCAGCGUGAUCCUACGCAUCGCACCCAAGCUCAUCGCCUACAAGGGCUGUCAGCGCGGCGGCAUCAAGUCUAGGUCCUGGGGCAACUCGCACGAUGGCGUCAGUCUGGUCGUGGAAAGUGUCGAGCUGAAGCAGCCGGGCUAUGCCCAGGGCAAGGGGAGGAGGAGUGCCAAGGGCCGGAUCGAUCAGCUGGCCGCGUACAGGUGUGUGGUAGAGGGCACGGUGGUGAAGCGGGAUAAAGAGGGACUGGAGAAGGUGUUGCGAGAGACACAGAUGGUACGCCUGGGGGACGUCGUUAAGGAGCUCCAAGGGAAGGAGGGGAAGAGGCUCUUUUGGGAGGUCGAGACGUGA